CAAGAUUUCUGCUCUUAUGGGUCCAGUGGAAUUUAUAUGCUAAACAUAUAUGUCCUCAAGGCUCCAACAUGGAAGUUACUGCCCAAGGGGAUCCAGGUGAGAGAAAUGACGACAACAACCCAUCACCUGGUCUCUUCUGCCAAAAGGGGGGAAAAAUCAAGAGCUGCUCUUAAAAGAAGUUGCCCUUGCUGGUGCUCGGGGUAAAAAUAGAGGCGGCCGCUCGGAGCGGCUUUGGCCCAGACUCCAGCGCCGCGAGCCGGGCUCGAGCAGCGGCCGCGUCCGGCGUGAUCCCUGGGAGCUGCCAGCAGGUGCUGCUCAAGAGCAUUUGCUGAAGAGGAGGAGGGAGAAAAAAAAAAGAAAGAAAGAAAGAAAGAAAAGAAAAAAAGAAAAAAGAAAAAAAGAAAAAGAGAAAAGAAAGAAAAGGAAGGAAGGAAGGAGGAGGAAAAAAAAAAACCACAAAAAAAAAAAAACAAACCCAACCCUGUGCGUGAGGGGGGAGGCAAAGCAGGGCCUUUUAAAAAAGGCGACCACGACAACUUUUGCUGCCAGGAUGCCCUUGCUCUGGCUGAGAGGAUUCUUGGUGGCGAGUUGCUGGAUUAUAGUGCGGAGCUCCCCGACCCCGGGGCCCGAGGGGCCCGGCGCGGCCCCCGCCUGCCCGGCCUGCGCGCUCACCGCCCUGCCCAGGGAUGCCCCCAACUCCCAGCCCGAGAUGGUGGAGGCCGUCAAGAAGCACAUCCUCAACAUGCUGCACUUGAAGAAGAGACCCGAGGUCACCCAGCCGGUGCCCAAGGCGGCGCUUCUGAACGCGAUCCGCAAGCUGCACGUAGGCAAAGUCGGGGAGAACGGGUUCGUGGAGAUAGAGGAUGACAUCGGCAGGAGGGCAGAAAUGAAUGAACUCAUGGAGCAGACCUCGGAGAUCAUCACGUUCGCGGAAUCAGGCACAGCCAGGAAAACGCUGCACUUUGAGAUUUCCAAAGAAGGCAGUGACCUGUCGGUGGUGGAGCGUGCAGAAGUCUGGCUCUUCCUCAAAGUCCCCAAGGCCAACAGGACCAGGACCAAAGUCACCAUCCGGCUCUUGCAGAAGCACCCCCAGGGCAGCUUGGAUGCGGGGGAGGAGGCCGAGGACAUGGGCUUCCCGGAGGAGAGGAACGAGGUGUUGAUUUCUGAAAAGGUGGUGGACGCACGGAAGAGCACCUGGCACAUCUUCCCUGUCUCCAGCAGCAUCCAGCGCUUGCUGGACCAGGGCAGGAGCUCCCUGGACGUUCGGAUUGCCUGCGAGCAGUGCCACGAGACGGGCGCCAGCCUGGUGCUCCUGGGCAAGAAGAAGAAGAAGGAGGACGAGGGGGAAGGGAAGAAGAAGGACGGAGGUGACGCAGGGGCCGGGGGGGACGAGGACAAGGAGCAGUCCCACAGACCUUUCCUCAUGCUGCAGGCCCGCCAGUCUGAAGACCACCCUCAUCGGCGGCGGCGGCGGGGCCUGGAGUGUGACGGCAAGGUCAACAUCUGCUGUAAGAAACAGUUCUUUGUGAGCUUCAAGGACAUCGGCUGGAACGACUGGAUCAUCGCCCCCUCCGGCUAUCACGCCAACUACUGCGAGGGUGGGUGCCCGAGCCACAUAGCAGGCACGUCGGGGUCCUCGCUCUCCUUUCACUCGACCGUCAUCAACCACUACCGCCUGCGGGGUCACAGCCCCUUCACCAACCUCAAGUCGUGCUGUGUGCCCACCAAGCUGAGACCAAUGUCCAUGCUGUACUACGAUGAUGGGCAAAACAUCAUCAAAAAGGACAUUCAGAACAUGAUCGUGGAGGAGUGCGGGUGCUCAUAGAGCGCCCCCGGCCCAGGGGUGGGGGGACAGGAGCCGGAGUUGUCCAGAGAAGAGACGGUGGCAAAACAAAAAACAAAAAACAAAAACAAAACAAACAAACAAAAACAAAAAACAAAACAACAACAAAAAAAAAGAAGAAAUGUUUAAGGUUUCUGAGUUAAACAAGCAGGAAAAAAAGAUAGAGAUUAAGAAAAAAAUAAAUAAACUAAAAAGCAAAACCUGAAACAGAUGAAGGAAGAUGUGGCGAAAUUCCUUAGCCAGGGCUCAGAGAUGGAGCAGAGGACGAGAUAGGAAUUGGGAGGGAGAGGAGAGCGGCACACCCUUCAUUUCUUCUGAUAUCGAGGUGAUGACAUCCGUCGCUUACGCGGGAGUAUUGUCCCCUCCUUUUCAAUCCCCUUUCAGUGUGAGCCUCGAGGUCAACUUGUCUAGUCUGCAGUCAUGUGGGCUGGCACAACCCAAAUAGCAUCUAGAAAGCCAUGAGUCCGAAAGAGCCGGUUACAGGCGCUUUCCCACCCAGUUACCCAGGUUGUAAGGUAUGUCUGUGUGACCCUCUCUCUGUGUAUAUCAGCCCGUGCACACACGCACACAGACACACACACACACACAUCCACACACAGAGGCAUUUCCACACGACACAUGCAUACAUGUACUGGUAAGAGAACAAUAGUGUGCAGGCGGUCACACUUCUUUUUUCUGCACCAGUUUUGCAACAGAGCAAAACGAAACAAAAACCAACCUUAAAAAAAAAAAAAUUUGAGAACAAGAAUGGGAAGAGAGAAAAAUCAAGGAACAAAGAAUACCAAGUUACAUUUCGUUAAGGUGCUUAUGAUCUUAGUACUAUGCAACCUAAUAGGUUUGAAACUGUUUACCUGAGAGAGAACAAAAUGAGAGACUUUUUUGUAUUGGAAGUAACCUGAUUAAUUUUUAUUUUCUUCAAGGAGAGAUACUUGAAAGGAAUAUGUUUGUCCAUCUGUUGGAUCCAAACAUUUCUAUAUUUUGUAAAUGUUGUUUUUUUUUUUAUCGUUUACUAUUUGCACUACAAUGGUGUUUGACCUGUCUAAUCCUUA